GGAUUUUAGUCACAGCCAAAAAUAGACAAUUCUUACUGAUUAUCCGUUAAAAGAAUGAAGAUAAUACUUUACACCUUGAUAUGUUUUAUAUGUGGUUUUACCUUGUUUCUAUGCUUAAUAUUUCACCAAUGGUUAUCAUUUUCUGUUGUCAAUAGCCCAAUGUUCCGCCCUAGAAUUGAUUCGGAACUUGCAUUAUUCAUUACAAAUGAAUUAUCUCGACUAUUAAAUCCAGACAUUCCAACAGUGGAAGACGUCGGUGAUACUGUAGAGAGAGCUUGGUUUAAACAUGAAAAAGAAUUUUGCCUAAAAGUUUUGAAUGGUACUCAUCAGUUGUUCAACAGUGAGGGAUGUCGAAAUAGUUGUCUUAUUUCAAAUCAACCAUAUACUCGACGUAAUAUCAUUAUUAUACCAUAUCGAAAUCGUGCAGAACACUUGAUGAAAUUAAUUCCACGUCUGGUUGAAUUACUGACAAAACAGAAUCUAUGUUAUUUGUUAAUUGUUUCUGAACAGAUUGAUCAACAGCCAUUUAAUAAGGGAAUAGUCAUGAAUACUGCAUUUGUGGAAGCAUUGAAUUGGUUGCCGUUUCAUUGUGCAAUAUUUCAUGAUGUUGAUCUAAUACCAAUGAACAAUGAAGUUGAUUAUACAUGCUCAAUCUAUCCUAAACAUAUCAGUGUAAGCGUAGAUAAAUUUCAAAACAGGCUCCCUUACAUUGAACUAAUUGGUGGUGUUUUAUCCAUUCCACUUAAAGCCUUUCUUCGUGUCAAUGGGUAUUCUAAUUUAUUUUGGGGUUGGGGUGCAGAGGACGAUGAUGUGUAUGAGAGGCUUAUGAUAAAUGAAAUUCCUGUCAUACGUCCUGAUCCAAAUGUAGCACAAUUCACAAUGCUCAAACAUAAACCAAGUCUUGCAUUUCAUUCAGCCUUAAGAACUCAAAUAUUAUCCUUCACAAAAGUCAGAUAUCGUCUUGAUGGAAUCAAUAGUUUAAAUUACACACUUGUUAAAUCACAAAUAAAAUUAUAUAAUCAAUUCCACAGUUUAACAUAUAACGAUGAAGUAACUAAAACACAUUUUUCACAUGAAAACAACACUUUCAGAUCAAAUUCAAAAUUAAAUUAUCCAAUUUUGCAUUUAAAAAUCGAUGUUGGUAAGCCUCCAGUUGAGUUUAUUAAGGAAGAUAAUUCUACAUAAGAAAACCAAGUCGGUACGUAGAGAAAAAAAAUAUUUUUGUAACUUGAAUUUUCGUUUGGUUACAAACACAAUUAUACAAUCGAGUAAUUAAAUGCAAAUAAUGAACAACAGUGAGACACUGACAAAUUACAGAUUAUGGAUGAAAACCGCACGAACUACAGGAUCAGUCAUUUCUAUACUGAUCGUAAGUACAUAUGUGUCGAUCCUUUGUCAAUCAAUAGGAUUACAAUGAGCCGAUAACCGACGAGGCCAGCCAAUCGUGAUUUAGCCAUUUUGACAACAUAAUGAAGAGUCAACUACUUUUCGGGAGAACGAUUGUAAAAACCUCCAAACUCAUUGGAUUUAAUCUGCGAUGGUGAAAUAUUACUCAUUAUUACUGAUUAUGAUGAUGAUACCUAAGACGUUUAUGGCGAUGACGACUAGCCUCAUGGACCGAAUCACGGGAUUAUUAAAAAUAAACAUUACUGGUUAAUAUGCAUAAUUCAUAGAAUUUGUUCCUUAGUCAAACUUAAAGCAAGAAUAGCUACAUUUAUUGUCGUUCUCGCUUUCAUUAAAAAAUAUGUACACAUUAAAAUAAGAAAAAACCAAGAAAUACAAGUGCACAAUAUUUAGUGUAAUGAAGCAUAAGUGUAUUUCAUACAUGAUUUCAUGUUAGCUAUCCUUUUCUUUUUGUCUCAAGAUUUUAUGCAACGUAACGAACAUGAAUAUCAAUGUAUUCACUACAUAAUAAAUUGUGGAGUCUUAUCAACAUUGAAGUAAUUAUCAAUUUCCAAGACAUUUGGUUGCUUUUCAUUUAGUUUAAUUUGUUCUUAAAUUUCUAUUAGUGGAAUCAAGUUACAUGAAACUGUGAAAUGAAGUCCUAUUUUGUAGAUCCUAUAUAUAUAUAUAUAUAUAGUUUCAAAUCGCACUUUGCAAUACCUUUGCGACUAUCUACCUCAUAAAUUAAGCGAUAUAUUUGUACCACUGAUGUUUCAUGAACCGAUUGUCUUUGAUAAAUGUAAACCAUUAUCAUAAACCAAACUGGUGAAUAAAUUGUCCUGAUU